AUGAAUUUCACAACCCCAUUCCUCUCCACUUCCGUACCGACAAAGCCUUCCACAAGCUCGCCGAUUUCACCUGCUACUCUGAGUGUCCUCAACAGCACGGCCAGCGCAUCGUCAAUCAAUCACGCUCCUGACCCAGGAACGCUCGUUACAGAGCUCUCGAACAUUUCAAUACUGCAGUCACCUUCAACUCCAAGGCCGCCGUACGCGAGUGCCAUGGAAUUCACCACAGAGACUACCACAACGACACUUUCGCCUUCAGGACCCACGAUGCCCAAUACCACCACACUCUUCGUGACCAUGACUGAUUUGCAGACAAGCACCGGUACUACUACGAUCUUCAGGACCGUCACUAUUCCACUACCUCACCCGUCCUCGCAAGGGCUUACACUUUCGAGAUUGGUCGACACCAGCACUAAGAGACGCCCCACGACGGUAACUAUCACGAAAUUCCCGACCUCGACUAUCCACACAACCAUGACUGUCACGUGGUUUCCACCACCAUCCACAACUACAAUCACAGAGCUCACGACUCAAGCUCAAAAGACAAGAAGUGCACCAGCUCCUGCACCAACUGUGACAAGCAGUCUUCCUGGAGUCCUCAGCAGCAUGCCAGCCACCACAAGCUUACAACAAGACACUAGCUUAAGCAUCUCCAGUACGAGCUCACCAUCCUCGUACUACCUCACCGUUGACUUCCCCUCCGCUUCGAUGCCGGACAGCCCGGCAACCACCACAUACCCGCCAUCCUCCCACUCGCGCCCGACCCACACGAACCAGCCUACACAUUCAGCCGUCGGCGGCGCUGGGAACGGGUCGGUCGGAAAUGAGAAGUCUAUCACGACGAUUGUGGGCACGGUAUGCGGAGCCGUCACAUUUGUUCUGGCGUUGUUUGCAGUGGGAGCAUGGUGGAGGAACAGAAAGACUGAGAAGAAGGCCAAGACUAAGAGGUCGAGGCCGAUGACGGCGGUGAGUGCCAGAAGGACCCCGACAACAGCUUCGUGGAUGAGCAGUGGGCUCGAGCGUGGAAGAGGCUUGGAGGGAGGCGGAAGAACAUAUGCAACGGCGAUGGAAGAUUGA